AUGCACCCCAUCCAGGUGCAGUGCCUGGCCACCUGCAAUGGGUAUUUCUAUGCCGUGGUGGUCUUUGAGUUCACCAAGGAGCCGGACGAGCCCUUCAGCAUCGGGCGCUCCAUCGCUGCCAUCGCUGAGAGCCAGCUGGCCAAAGACCUGGGGCCCUCGGCCCCUUUCCGCCCUUACCAGGCCAGCCCCCAGAGCCCCCUCAGCCCUGCAGUCCCUGCGGCAGCACUCUCCCCUCUGCCCAGCUCCCUGAAAAAUGAACUGGAGAGGGAAAUCCCUCUGGGCACCUACCAGUACCCGAAGAGCCUCAAGGACACGAUCCUGCUCGGACCCAACGCCAGUGCCAGCUCCAGCUGGGCUGCCAUGCGGUCGCUGCUGGAGGCUCCUCUGCAGGCUGGGAACUAUCAGGAGAAGUUCCAGCUCCUGUUGCACCUGGAGGAGAUCCAGAUGGAGGUGGACAUCCGGCGCUACGACAUGCAGGACGUGAGCAUGGUGCAGGACAGGGCGCUGCUGGUCCUUGAUGUGCCCGGUGUGGCCGAGAACCGCCCGUCCGUGCUGAAGGGUGACCACCUCUUUGCCCACCUGAGCAGCGAGCGGGACCACUCCCCGCUCAUCCAGUACAAGGGCUACGUGCACGGCGUGGAGCUGGAGAAGGUCAGGCUGGGCUUCUCCUCCAAGCUGCAGAAGAAGUUUGUGAACAACCUGAAGUUCGACGUGACCUUCACCUUCAGCCGGCUGCCGCUGCAGGUCCAGCACCGGGCUGCAACCCUGGCCAUGCGGCACAGCUUGUCCAGCCUCCUCUUCCCCUCUGCCUCGUGCCACAAGUCCCUCUUCACAGGCCCCUUCCGAGUCCCCGUAUGGUUCGACCGCAAGCUGCAGGCGAACGAGGAGCAGUGCAGAGCCGUGACGCACAUCGUGACCGGGAUGUCCAGGCCAGCCCCAUACCUCAUCUUUGGCCCCCCUGGGACUGGCAAGACGGUCACCGUCGUGGAAGCCAUCAAGCAGGUAUGGACAUGCUUUAAGGACGCCCGGAUCUUGGCCUGUGCCCCUUCCAACAGUGCCGCAGACCUGCUGUGCCAGCGCCUCAUCAAGGACAUCGCGCCCCGCUACAUCUACAGGCUCAUGGCCAGCUCCAGGAGCUACCAGGAUGUGCCUGCUGAUAUCAGGCCCUGCUGCAACUGGGAUGACGAGCAGAGCUGCUACGUGUAUCCGAGCAAGGAACACCUGGGGCGCUACCGGAUCCUCAUCACCACCCUGGUGACAGCGGGAAGGCUGGUGUCAGCCAACUUCCGCCCAGGGUUCUUCUCCCACGUCUUCAUCGACGAGUGCGGCCAGGCAGUAGAGCCAGAGAGUGUGGUCGCCAUCGCAGGGCUCCUGACUGCCAUGGACCAGGAGACCAACCCCAACGGGGGGCAGCUGGUGCUGGCAGGAGACCCCCAGCAGCUGGGCCCUGUCCUGAGGUCGCCGCUGGCCAUCGAGCACGGCUUGGGCACCUCGCUGCUGGAGAGGCUGAUGCUGCACAACCCCCUGUACAAGAAGUCGAGCGGAGGAUACAACCCGCAGUUCGUCACCAAACUGCUCUGGAACUACAGGUCCCACGAGGCCAUCCUCAAGAUCCCCAACGAGCUCUUCUACGACAGCGAGCUGAAGGCCUGCGAGAGCGACGAGUUCGAUGUCCGGAGUCUGUAUUGCGCCUGGGAGGAGCUUCCCAAAAAAGGCUUCCCCAUCAUCUUCCACGGGGUUUGUGGGGAAGAUCGGAGGGAGGCCAAGAGCCCCUCAUUCUUCAACACGGCUGAGAUCGAGGUGCUGGUCCACUACCUCAAGAAGCUGCUGCAGAGCCGGGGCAAGGGGGGCUGCCCCAGCGUCUCGCCCAAGGAGGUCGGCAUCAUCUCUCCCUACAGAAAGCAGGUGGAGAAGAUCCGGAAAGCCAUCACCUCCCUGGACCCCGUCCUGCGGUCGCUGCGAGACAUCAGCCUGCUGAAGGUGGGCUCUGUGGAGGAGUUCCAGGGCCAGGAGCGGCGCGUCAUCCUCAUCUCCACCGUGCGCAGCUGCAGCGAGUACCUCCAGCUCGACCAGAACUUCAAGCUGGGCUUCCUCAAGAACCCCAAG